GUUUGCUCAAUGGCUUCCACUGAAGGAGUAAACUCUAAAGAGCUAUUAGAAGCUCAAUCCCAUUUAUGGAACCACAUAUUCGGUUUCAUUAACUCCUUCUCCCUCAAAUCGGCCCUCGAGCUCGGAAUCCCGGAGGCAGUCCACAAACAUGGCAGACCUAUUACACUCCCGGAGCUCACUGCUGCCUUAUCCAUUCCUUCUUCGAGAAUUCCCUGCUUUCAACGAUUCAUGCAGCUCCUAGUCCAUUCUGGACUAUUCUCCUCAUCUCAAAAUGCACAAGGAGAUACAUAUAGUCCCACAACAUUCUCAUCUCUUCUCCUGUCGGAAAAAAGCGGGUGCAUGACUCCAUUCAUAUAUGCGAUGUUGGACGAAGCGAUAUUGAGUCCGUGGCAAUUCUUGAGUACGUGGAUGAAAGAAGAGGAGCCACCGACCGUGUUUGAGAAGGCUCAUGGGAUGAAUUUAUGGCAGGCUAUUGAAAAAAUGCCGUGGUUUGGGAAAAUGCUGAGAGGAGCGAUGGAGAGUGAUUCGGGGUUAAUAACCAAAGUGGUUGUCGAUGAGUUUGGUGUGCAGUUGUUUGGAGAUGUGAAGUCUGUUGUGGAAGUUGCUGCAGGUUCGGUGAUGAUUUCUCGAGCGGUGGCUCAGGCUUUUCCCGAGGUGAAGGUGACAAUUCUUGAUUUACCUCAUGUUAUUGAGGUGAUGGAUAAGAGUGAAGGUAGGAUUCAAUAUGUUGCUGGAGAUAUGUUUGAGUACAUUCCACCUGCAGAUGCAUUGUUGCUCAAGUGGGUUCUGCACUGCUGGAAUGAUGAGCAAUGCGUGAAAAUUCUGCAGCGAUGUAAGGAGGCAACUCCACCCAAAGAAGAAGGAGGAAAAGUGAUUAUCAUCGACAAGGUGUUGAAGAAUGAAGGUCUGCAUCAUAAACUGACUGAAACACAACUGCACUUUGACCUUCACAUGAUGAUCCACACGCCUGGGAAGCAAAGAAAUGAAGAAGAAUGGAAAAGGCUCUUCUUUGAUGCAGGAUUCAAAGAAUACAAAAUAACUCCUGCUCUGGGAUUACGUGCGAUUAUUGAGGUUUAUCAUUGAUUCAGCAGACUAUGAAAUAUGAUAUAUAUUUGUGCUGUGUGUUUGAGUUUGGUUUGUAAGAAGUGAUUCUGCGAGCCUGUUGUGUUUCAUUUAGUUGUGCGCUUGUGUGUAAGCCUGAAGUCUAUAUAUGAAAAUAAUAAUAAUAUAGAUAAUAUAGUAAUAUGAAAGU